UAGCCGGUUAGGCUGGUUCAAUAUCAACGGUGUAUUUGUAGUUAAAUUUCAACAUUUUGCAGUGGAUAUCAAUUUCCUGAAGGUCACUGAACAAUGUUAACGACUGUCUUAAAAGUCUUUUAAGAUUUCUAGAUAUCUACCGUGAUCAUGGCUGAAAAGGAGAGAGAGGUCAAGGGUUGCUUGACCCAGGAGUCCAUUAAAGUGAUUGGCGAGUGUGUGGGCGUGUCCUCUCUAAACGAGGAGGCGGGGACUCUGCUUGCUGAUGAUGUCACUUUCAGACUGAAGAUGAUGGUCCAGGAAGCAGCAAAAUUUAUGAAGCAUGCUAAGAGGGUCAAGCUGUCUACCGCAGAUUUUGAUCAUACCCUGAGAGUUCAAAACAUAGAGUCAUUGUACGGCUUUAGCACCGAAGAGCACAUUCCAUUCCGCUUUGCGAGUGGAGGAGGAAGAGAGCUUCACUUUGUGGAGGAGAAGGAAUUAGAUCUCUCCGACAUCAUCAAUUCCUCCAUGCCUAAAAUCCCUCUUGACGUCAGUCUCAAAGCUCAUUGGUUAAGCAUUGAAGGAACACAACCUGCCAUUCCAGAGAAUCCACCACCAGUCGACACUCACACCCAGAAGGUUGAAUCCCAAGACGCUCUGCGCACCAAGAAGCCUACCGCUAAGGCAGAGAAGAAGUCUGGUAAGGGUGAUAUGGGCAAGACUGCAGCUACUCUCCUCGCCAAGGCUAAAGGCCUCACAUCAGAUCCCGUCAAACUCAAGGGUGUACUCGUUCACGAGCUCUCUGUGGAGCAGCAGCUGUACUACAAGGAGAUCACCGAAGCUUGCGUUGGAUCCUCAGAAACAAAGAGAGCUGAAGCACUUCACAGUCUAGCAAGUGACCCUGGUCUGUAUCAGGUGGUACCAAGAUUCAGCAUGUUCAUAGCGGAAGGGGUAAAGGUCAACGUUGUCCAGAACAACCUGGCUAUCCUCAUCUAUCUCAUGCGUAUGGUCAAAGCGCUCAUGGACAACGUUACGCUAUACCUUGAAAAAUAUCUUCACGAGCUGAUACCAGCCGUGAUGACAUGUGUAGUAAGCAGACAGCUGAGCCUUAGACCAGAUGCUGAUAAUCAUUGGGCCCUGAGGGACUUUGCAGCGAGGCUGAUGGCCAGUAUGUGCAGGAAGUUCAGCACAACAACAAACAACAUGCAGGCAAGGAUCUCCAAGACGUUUGAUGAAUCUCUGUCCAAGGAUAAAGCCCCUCUUGCCACUAUCUAUGGGGCAUUGGUUGGUCUAGCUGAGCUGGGUCCAGAGGUGAUGAAGACAUUGGUGAUUCCUAAAGUGAGGAUGUUAGGAGAACGUCUAAGGAUCAUGACAGAGAGUCUGAUCAUCAACAACCCUGAUAAGAUAGCAGCAGACCAUCUCAAGCAACUUGUACAGAAACACUGCGCACCGUACUUGAAGGGAGUGAGAAGCACGCCCGAUGUCCUUCAUGAAUACGAGGAGGAGUUUGGCUAUCUGGGUCCUUUCCUCUUCUCCCACGUCACCAAGUUGCGAUUCCAACCCAGCACGGUUACAACACAGUGCAGCUCUACUCUGACAUCAUCGAGACCUAUGAUCACAAUACCUCAGGGGCGACCUUCCACCAUCAUUACCUCUGGUAGGUCCCUCUCCUCCUCUGGGUUUAGCCCCAAGACUCCCUCCUCCCUGUACUCCCCCACCGGUACCGGUCUGCAGCGUACCUUCUCCUCAUCGGGCUCAGGGUCCACACCAUCUAGCCAAACCAAGAUUGUCCUGGUCUCUGCCACCGGGUCAGGAAGGAGCUCAGCACAAACUAGUCCAGUUCCGAGUGGUUCCUCCACACCUACACCCAGUGUCUUCAAGCUAAACCCCAAGAGUUUCUCCAAGUCUCUCAGCUCUUCUCUCGCGCCUUCUCUGGCAUCGUCUCUCGCAUCUUCACUCUCCUCCAGCCAGACUAUUGUCAUGUCACCCACAGGGACGGUCAAGGCCGAGCGGAAGUCGCCUCCUGCAACGGCCAGUGCUGGAGGAACCAGCAGCACCAAUAUGCUGAUGUCUUUGGCCCAGGCGGCCACGAUGCAGACACCCAUUAGAUCGUCCAGUGGCGAAGACCACACCCAAGGAUCGUAGCAGAGUUGACACUGUACAGACAUGUAAAUGACCAACUGAACAAGAAUGUGCUGGAGGAACCAGCAGCACCAAUAUGUUGAUGUCUUUGGCUCAGGCAGCUACGAUGCAGACACCUAUUAGAUCGUCCAGUGGCGAAGACCACACUCAUAGCAGAGUCGACACUGUACAGACAUGUUAAUGAUGAACUGAGCUAGAAUGUGCCAUUCAGUUUUUGUAUGCUGCUAGUAACAACCGAUGCGUGAGGGAGUAGUAGUACUAAUAUGCCAUCGUAUUGGGCAUGCUACCAUGUCUUUGGUCCAGGCUGAUACGAUGCAGAUGCCCAUGACUGGGCGUUGUGGCGUACUGUACGCCUGUAAUCCAGCUAACAAUGGAAGUUAUAAACUGAUUCAGCCGGGGACGCAGGUUCGAAACUGAGUCACAUCUUUCUGAUGGUGACGUUUAAAGGUUGGUCCCCAGACGGAAACAAUCAAAUCUGAUUGAUACACGUCUGUAAAACCCAAAUACAUACACACCCAUUAGAUUGUCCAGUGGCGAAGUCCACACUCUAGGCUCAUAGUAGCUAUGAAAGUUGUUAGUUAUUUAGAUCCUGAACUGACACAACUGAACAAUUGUA